GUAGUCAAUUAUAGUUUAAAGUCAUGGAUGCUAAAUAAGUGUUGAAGAAGACGUUCAUUUUCUCCCUUAAAUUAAAUGAAGGGUGGAAUCCUCGAAGUACUUCUUGCUAGUGCCGAAGGCAUUGGCCACAAUCUUGGGAAAGGAAACUACUAUGUGAUUAUUGAAUGUGGAUCACAAGUGUACAAGAGCAAAAUUUCGAGAGGGUAUCCAAAAGAGAUUUGCUGGAAUCAGAAAUUCACAUUUGAAUUACCAAUGGCAGAUCUGGAAAAAUAUUACCACCUAAAGUUAAAAAUCAUGCAUGAUGAUGUUUUUACGAAUGGAUUUGUGGGCAAAACCAUAGUACACUUGAAGGGGAUAAUCGCAGAGGGAAACGAGCGUGGAUUUGUUGAGAUGAAACCAAUGCCCCAUAAUGUUACUCUUGAAGAUGACAGAUAUAAGGGACAAUUAAAUAUUGGAUUAAGUUUCACCCCCAAGAGAAUUACACAAGCAAGGGUGAUCGAGCUGGUGCAAGAGAAAAAUGGAAUCAAGCAAUUGGUAUAUCGGAAAGUGAUUAAACUUUUCCAAAUCCAAUGGUGGCGGCGUUAUCAUACUAGCUAGUAGAUGAUUAUUAUAAUCAGUUUUAACAAGUAUUUGAGUUUCAAACCGUACAACGAAUUGAAAUCACAUUAUUUUGAGAAUGUUUGUUUGUAAUAUAAUUUUUGUUUAGAAA